UGUUUAUUAUGGAAUGUCAGCACCUUUUGAACUACACUGUUCCUUAAACCAAUAUAAUGUGAAGUGAAAAGCAAUCUCAACUCCUUUUCAAACUAACAAAAAGGGAAACUUCAGAAUGAGAAUAAGAAUGGAACAUUUAGAGGAACCUACCCGAUUACUUCUCGAAGAUAGUCUAUUGAAGUCUGAAGACAGUAUUCACACACGAGAUGGGUCAGCAAACAUAAAGGGAGAGCUUGCUAUCAAGAUUCAAGAGGGAAACUGGGAAAUGGAAAUCAUGCAACUUUGUUCUUGGUACUUUCUUUUGUGAACGUUUGGCAUAUUAUGGGAUUACUACAAAUCUUGUAAUUCUCUCACCACGAAACGAAGAGAUGGCAUCUCACUAAAAGUAUCUAAAACAACCUUCAAGCAUCUACCAUGUUUUGACCUCAAAUUUCAUAGUCUGUUCUUGUCAUGAAAAUCUUCACUUAAUGAUGAGGCGCAGCUAAUAUUGUUGGAACUAUCGAAAAUAUAUAAUCCACAUAUUUUAGGCCCUUCAGUCAUGAAUAUUGUUCCUUUCGGCAAACACAUUUUUCUUGUUUGUUGGAUAUUCUCAGGUAUUUUCGGUCUCAAAUCUAGAAUCUUGUCAUUGCCAGGUGGUAUAAGAUGGACGGAGGAGGGGUGAUACCUGCAAACAUUUAAACGCCCAAGUCAUUGAUUUGUGUACCUUAAUUUGAUAUAUGUGAUCUGUAACACUCGAGGUCGAAGAAGGUAAGGAGCAUGUAACACCCGAGGCCGAAAAAGGCGAUGAGUGUUCACUGAAUUCACAUCGGAACGAGAGGGAUCCCUUAAUGGUGCGCAAGGUUGAGACUGCAUGGCUGAAGGAAGACUUAUAAUGAUUUAUUGAUACUACCUAUACCAACAAGAUGCGUCUUCGUUUCGGUAGCCUAACAAAUAAGAACUCCAUAAUUAAGGAGGCUUGACUUGGAGUAGUAUUAGGAUGGUGAACUUUUGGGAAGUUUCCCAUAAAGCGUGUGAGUGAGGACAAAGCAUGCUAAAAAAUAUCUGUGUUGGUUUGUGAGGUCAGUCGGUAAUCCUGAAAAAAAACUGGGGAAAUACACAGUGCUUUAUAUAGGGGUUACAUUAUGGUUUGCUAAAGACCUAUAACCUUGGCUUUAAUCGUCAUCGUCCAAAUCGGUAGAUGUUGGAAUAUAAUUUGUUAUGUUAUCUGAAGGCCCAAAUGCUUCUCUAGGACAAGUUCACGCCUAUUCCCUAAGUUCUAUAACAUUUUGCUGGGAAACCGAUAUUAAGGUUGAUGUUUUAUUUCUCUUACAUCAUUAACUAUCGUCAUGCCAGCAUAAAUAUUUUUACCUUAUUUAGCUUUAUGUCUAUAUUGCACUUCAUGCCUACACUGAGCUCCUUUUGAAAUGAGCUGAGAUUCGAGUCUGAGAUCGUGUAAGAACAAUUUUUCCCCAAGCAUACUCUAACGUAGCUGAGGUGUAGCAUGUGAUUUUUGUGUCGUCCUUUCCUACUUCUUUAGAGCUUGUGUUUUUUUUUCUUCUACCUGUCUCUGAUCGCCCCUUUUCUCUCAUCCUGAAGUGUGAUAUGAAUCAAGUUUUAUUUUUGCAUUACGAUUUUACAUAGUAGACGUGCUUCUGAGUUAUAUCUUGGAAUUUGGUCAAACUUUACAUUGAUCUAUAAAAUGGUUCCUAGAAUUUUGUUGCUUGUCUUCUGUUUGCAUGUUUAUUUUGAUCAUCGUUUUAAUAACCGAGUUUCAUUAACAUUAGGUCUUUGCACAUCUCUUAGAUUUCAGCGUUUUCAUUCAAAUGUAUUUUUGCAUGCAUAAAACAUGAAUUUGACCUAAAGCCAAUGCAAAAUAAUUCAUGUCAAUAAGUCUAAAACUUGAAUCAAGAAACUCACUAAAGCAUGGUUCAAGUCAGACGAAUUCUCGAUUCAAUCAUGAACAUUUAUUUUUCAAAAAUUGAAAAUCUGGAAGCAUGAUUUGAAUAAAUGAAUUAGGUGACUCGAAUCAUGAAAUAAUUGAGUAAAUAAAAAUUUUCUAUAUGAAGUGUGAUUCGAUUCGAAUCACAAGAUCUCAUGAUUCGAAUCAAGGAAGGCGUGAUUCGAAUCACAUAACAAAUUGAUUCAAAUCAUAGUUGAACUUCUCAUUUUGGGAUUCAUUUCAAAUGACGUGACUAGAAUCAUAAAUUUUUUUUCCCUCGAAUCACAUGACUUGAAUCAUCACACCAACCAAAGGAGAAAAAUAUGAAGAAAAACCUUUUCUUGUGUUGAAUUUGUGAGUAUCCUAAAUAGUGUGUGUGAGAUUCUUUCUGAAAAUCAUUUUCAACUCUAGCAAAAAAAAACCAUUGUAUGUGUUUUUAUUUCAAAUCUAAUAAAGAGUGUUUUUAUUUCAAAUCUAAUAAAGAGUGUGAAGAUCUAGUAUGAGGAGGUUCAUUAGUGUUCUAAUGUCUAGUAAAGUUUUGCUUUCAAAUUGAAUAUUUAGUGUGUAUGUGGUUAUUUUAGAGAUUGAUAUCAAGUUAAGAAAAAGAAGGGUAUCUUCUCCAAAGGAAAAUUUUGAUAAGACCAAGUGAAGAUCGAUGCAGACGAUAUUUUGAAGUUUUAGUUCCUUUGGCAGUUCAAGGACUCUAACAUGGAAAAUUUUGGUAGGAGUGAGUAAAGAUUGUUGUAGACAAAAUCUUGGAGCGUUUUGGUUAUGAGAGGGUGAAUCGAUACUAGGUAAAGUGAAUAUUUCAUACCUAGGUACACAAUUUUUCAUUCCCAAAAACAACUAUGUUGUACCCUAAUUCUUGAUUCAAAUGACUAACCUAAUUUUAAAUUAAUUAAUUAAUCAUAAUUUAAAUAAAAUUUUGAAUUUUCAAGAUCCGGUGUGGCUUUCGUUGCUUUUUAUCAGCGAAUUCUUCAUCUCUGAAAUUGAUCUUCCACAAGGAUCUCAGUUUGAUGAGUUUUUAAGCAACUUAAAUUAAAGCUUAGGCGCGGAUAGAGGAGUUAAAGAAGUUCAAUCCGGAGGUUGUGAAAAGGAGGAAGAAUCAGGUUUCAUGAAAGGGAGAUGGAUUUGAAGGGAAGAGGAAUGACAAUGGAUCUGAAGGGACAUGGAAGAAAGAUGAAUGAUAAUAGAUAAAAUAGAUAUAUUUAAAAAAUGCUAUCUUUACACUCAUUUUUCUUACACCUUACCCCAUAAACUUUAACAAAGCAACCCACUCAUGCACACAAUUCAAAGUAAAGAUAAAUUAUUAAAAAAUUAAAACUGGUGCAUUGUGGUAUACAAUUACGGUGUUGAGGUAAGAAAAACAGUGUAAACUUAUCAUUUCUCAUUUAAAAAUUUAUAUAGAUUUUGUAUUUAUUGGACAAAUUUCAUUGUGUCAGCAAUCAUAUAAUCCUUUGUGCAUAUCCCAAGAAGAAUUGAAAAUGAAGAUUCUUUAUUCUCAACACAUUGUUUCAUAAACUCUCUCUCACACACAGCAAUCAGCAUGGGUUCUACUAUUAACGAUGACGUUCCAGAACUGGAACAAGGCCUUCUUCAGGAUGAAAGGAGCAAACAAUACACAGGAGAUGGUUCGGUUGACUUUAGAGGGAAGCCUUCUAUUAAGCGCAAUACUGGCAAUUGGAGAGCUUGCCCAUUUAUUCUAGGCAAUGAAUGUUGUGAACGUUUGGCUUUCCUUGGCAUUGCCACAAACCUUGUUACCUAUCUUACAACCAAACUACAUGAAGGAAAUGUCUCUGCUGCAAGAAAUAUCGGCAUCUGGCAAGGAACCUGCUAUCUCACACCUCUCAUUGGAGCUGUUCUGGCAGAUGGUUACUGGGGACGAUACUGGACAAUUGUUGUUUUCUCUAUGAUUUAUUUUGUUGGGAUGUCUAUCUUGACAAUUUCUGCAUCUGUUCCAUCAUUGAAGCCAGCUGACUGUUUGGGUUUGGUAUGUCCUCCGGCUAGUCCUGUGCAAUAUUAUCUGUUAUACUUUGGUCUUUAUGUAAUUGCACUUGGGACUGGUGGUGUAAAAGCAUGUGUGUCAUCUUUUGGGGCAGAUCAGUUUGAUGAAACUGAUUCUGAGGAAAGUGUCAAGAAGGCUUCCUUUUUCAACUGGUAUUACUUUUCGAUCGACCUAGGCGCCAUUGUGUCAUGCACCUUUAUUGUGUGGGUUCAAGAAAAUGCAGGCUGGGGUCUUGGAUUUGGCAUUCCUGCUUUAUUUAUGGGAUUAGCUAUUGGAAGCUUCUUUUUAGGCACACCCCUCUAUAGAUUUCAAAAACCAGGGGGAAGCCCUAUUACAAGAAUGUGCCAGGUUGUGUUAGCAUCUCUCCGAAAUCGGAACUUGGUUGUGCCGGAUGAUAGUAGUCUCCUGUAUGAGAUGCCUAACAAGAAAUCAGGAGUGGAAAGAAGUCGCAAACUGAUGCAUCAUGAUGAUCUGAGGUAUUUUGAUAGAGCAGCUAUCGUGUCUGAUUCAGAGAAUAGAAGUGGUGAAUGUUCUAAUCCAUGGAGGCUUUGCACUGUUUCACAGGUGGAAGAAUUGAAAAUCUUGAUUCGCAUGCUUCCAAUUUGGUCUACUGGCAUAAUAUAUUCUGCUGUCUACGCCCAGCUGUCAACGUUGUUUGUGGAGCAAGGAACUAUAAUGGACACAUAUAUUGGUUCCUUCAAACUAUCCCCGGCUUCCCUUUCAACCUUUGACGUGGCAAGUGUUAUUUUGUGGGUCCCUGUCUAUGACAGGAUACUUGUUCCUAUUGCAAGGAAACUUACGGGACAGAAAAGGGGCAUUUCUGUGUUUCAAAGAAUAGGAAUUGGCCAUUUUAUUUCAGGGCUGUGUAUGUUAGCAGCUACUGCUGUGGAGAUUAAACGUCUGCAACUUGCUAGAAAGCUUGACCUUGUGGAUAAACCUGUUGCCAUACCCCUUAGUGUAUUAUGGCAAAUACCUCAAUAUGUCUUAUUUGGUGCAUCAGAGGUAUUCACGUUCAUUGGACAGCUUGAGUUCUUCUAUGAUGAAUCACCAGAUACUAUGCGGACUUUAUGUUGCGCACUGCCACUCCUGAGUUAUUCAUUGGGGAAUUACUUGAGCUCUUUCAUGCUUACUAUAGUAACUUACUUCACUACUCAAGGUGGAAGGCUUGGAUGGAUUCCCGAUAACUUGAAUAAAGGACAUCUUGAUUACUUUUUUCUGCUUUUAUCAGGACUUAGCUUAUUAAAUAUGUUGAUGUACAUAAUUGCCGCCAAAAUGUACAAGCAGAAGAAGAUUUCUUUAGAUUUUUCAAGCACUUAUUGCUCAUAGGAGUGGAAGCAUGAUCUGAUAUUUUCGUCAUUCAUUGUGAAUAUCAUUCUGUAUGAUAAUUGAUAAAUAUGUAUAUGCCAAUUGGGAAUGGAGUUUGGGAAAAUGGAUAGUUUGGGUUUUUGGAACUUACCAUGUUGUGCAUAACUAUAGUUGAAGAUCAGCCGAACCACUGGCAUUGAAAGGCUCUGUCGAAUAAAUUCAGCUUAUAAGCUCAUUCAAAGAGAUGAUGAUCAAGCAGACAGGAAGUUAUUCUGUUGAGAUUUUAUCUCCAUAUCUUUCUCUAUAAUGACCGGAUCAAGGGAUUGUACCGCUGUAUGCUUUUAUUCUUUCUCCUUAUUUAGAGCUCUGUCAUAUGGGAAUUCACUCCUAAUUUGUAGUAUAAAUACAAGUUGUAUGUACUCAUCUAAAUCAAUUGAGAGAGUAUCAAUAAUAAUUCUUUCUUCUUUCAAGUUA